UAGCCAGCAGAUCAGCACGGCCACUUUCUAUAACUACAGCUAAUAGCAGGCACAGCGUCCUGCCCACCAUUAAAGACUGCAAAAGCAGAGAGCGUCCAGUUCAAGUCCUGAUUUGGAGCCUGCCAACCGGCCAUAGCCUGUUCUCUCUCUCUGAUCUCGCUUUCCAGCUCAGCAGCUCCCAUCAUAAUUAGUCAUCAGAGAGAAGAAGAGAAGAGACAGGGAGAUCCAUCGAUCGAGCCGGUCCGAGCCGCAAUGGAUUACUGGAAGUCCAAGGUGCUGCCCAAGAUGAAGACCGUCUUCGCCAAGAACGCCGGCAAGAAGGCCGCCGCCACCGCCGAGCUCGUCAAGUCCUUCGACGAGUCAAAGGAGGGGAUCAACGGUGAGUUCGAGAAGAAGAAGGUGGAUCUCCAGCCUAAGGUCGUCGAGAUCUACGAGGGUGCUGCGGCUGCAGUCAAGGUUCUGAUCAAGCAGAGGAAGGUAUCCGGGAUCAAGAAGAACUCCGCCGCCGUCACCAAGUUCAUGGAAGAUCUGGCCAACAUUGAUUUCCCUGGAGCCAAGCAAGUGAGCGAGGGCAUCGCCAAGGUCGGCCCUGCCCUGCUUUCCGGUCCUCUCUUCGCCACCUUCGACAAGGUCUCCACGCUGCUCCCCGCCACCGACGAGGCGCCCAAGGAGGCUCCCGCCGACGCAGAGGAGAAGAAAGAGGAAGCGGCGUCGGAGGAGAAGACAGAAGAAGCACAGCCCCCCGCCGCGGCGGUCGAGGAAACCGCUGUUGCUGCCGCCGAUGAGAGUGCUCCUGCUGCCGCAGAGGCACUGCCGGUGGCGGAAGAGAGUACAGCGCCGGUGUCCGAGGCCCCUGAAGCUGCUGCCCCACUCGCUGAGGCGGAGCCAGCCAAGGCCCAGGAGGAGACACCCAAGGCUUAGCUGGCUUGCUAGGUAGGUUGUUCAGGUUCAUGAGUUCAUCCUCAUCCAUGCAGGGGUUUGAAGCCUACCAGCUGCUCAAGCUCUUCAAUCAUUUAUGGUUCCUACAUAGAUGCAUGCAUGCAUGACGAUCUAUUAUUGUUCUUUCUCCUCCCUUCUGCUUCCCUCUUUAUGGUUAGAUUCCUAAGCCUAUAUAUUUUUGUCGUCUGAACUUAAAUAUAUAUGUGCGGUGUGAGUAUGUCACAGUAUGCAAGGCAUCUGUAUAUUGUUGCCAAGUUUUGUUAAUUUCCCAGCAUUAUUAUUUCUUCUAUGAUGGAGAGGUCGAGAAAUAUCUAUAUAUAUUUUCCAUUCAUUGAUUAA